AUGAGCGACUGCACUGUCGAGCGAAAUGCCGGCGAUUGGGCGGGUGUGAUCUCGGUCGAUUCCGCUGUCCCGGGUGCGUCGGUCGUGCUCGAACGGAGCGUCUUUCGCUACAACUCGGCCUCUGGUGGCGGCGGCGUGCUGUAUGCCGCCGACAACGCAGACGUUUCGGUCAGCUCAAGCGUGUUUAGCGGAAACACCGCGUCUACAGGCUAUGGACUUGGUGGCGUGUUUGAGAUCAGCAGCGCAGUGCUUACGCUUGACAAUGUGACCUGCGAGGACAACGUUGGGAGCGUCUCGGGCGGUGUGGCACAUCUUACUGGCUCUAGCGAGCUCGCAGCGCAUCGCCUCGUGGCUAGACGCAACUUGGGCGGCAGUCACGGCGGUGCAGUCUUUGCGUCGGGCUCCGGGACAUCGGUGGUGGUGCAGGCAUCGCUUAUCGAGAACAACAUGGCGACUACGACUGGCGCUGGCGUGUAUGUGAGCGACGGGAGGCUAGCGCUCACAGAUGUGGUGCUCCGGCGGAACGGUGUCACUGGCGGCCUACCCGACACCCUUGUCGGCGGCGGUGUGGCAGCCUCGAGUGCAAGCUCUGUGACCAUUGACCUGUGCUCCUUUUCUGGCAAUCAUGGCUACCGCGGCGGCGGGCUCUCACUCACCUCGUGCGGAUCCGGCCAUGUGCGGGGAAGCGUUUUCGAAGACAACUCCGUGAGCGGCGCCACCGAGCCGGCAGUCGGCGCUGGCAUCGUCAUCAUUGGCGCAAGCUCAGGAGUUGUUCUUGUCAACUGCACCUUUGCGCGCAACGUGGCCGAGUUUGAUGGCGGUGGCAUUUCGGUCUUUGACGGCGCGCCUCUCGAGGUGAUUGGCUCGGUCUUUGAUAGCAACUCAGCUGAAGCGGGUGGUGCUCUCAACGUAGCUGGUACGGCUGGGAGUCGGGUCGUUGGCUGUAGUUUCAUGCACAACACUGCAGGCUCAGUUGGCGGGGCACUUCACUUUGACAAGGGCUCUGGCAGCCUCACAAUGACUGGAUCGGUGCUGGUCGGCAACUCGGCCUCGGGUGGCGGCGCCGUGUAUGCAGACGAGGUGAGUAACGUGGCGUUUGUGGCGUGCAACUUUAGCGGCAAUGUUGCAUCCGACUCGGCGGGUGUGCUCUGGCUCGAUUCGGAGCCGCGAACCCACGGCGGGAUCCAAGUUACGUUUGACUCGUGCGUCAUCGAGCAUUCACGUGGCUCGCAGGGCGGUGCGCUGUACGUGGAGCACUCGGGCCUGGCUCUAAUCGACUCGACCCUUGGCCACAAUUCGGCGACACGGCAGGGCGGGGUCAUGUACUCAUUCAUCGCCAUGAUCGAGGUACUCCGCUGCCGGUUCGAAUCCAACGUUUUGGUAGAUGCGUCCGGCGGUGGCGCACUGUACAUCGACUUGUCCAACGCCGCAUCGGGUGCCGAACUCUUGCCAGGCACGACCAUGUCGGCACGCAUAUCGAGCUCAGUUUUUGUGAACAAUACUGGUGGCUUUGGUGGUGCUGUGGCGGCGCUGGACUCGACAAUUCAUAUUCGCGACUCGGUCUUUGAAGCAAACGUGGCAUCGCUGCCCGACGGUGGGCUUGGCGGCGCGGUGUCAAUUCAAGGCUCUGCCGGCUCCGACGCAGUCAUUGCCAAUGCCACCUUUACUGGCAACCGCGGUGUCAAGGGCGGCGCGCUUCACUGCUCGCGAUGCGUCCCGCUCGAGCUCCGCGAUGCAUCCUUUACCGCCAACUCAGCCCACAUGCUGGGAGGUGCGCUGCACAUUACGGCGUCGCUUCCGUAUCUCGCCCGGCUCGCCCUCACUUCUAACGCUGCGUUUGCAGGCGGCGGUGCAUACCUUGACGCGACAGUGCCGCGAAGCGCGAGUGAGCUCAGCCGUAGCGGAGUUAGGCUCGGUCUGAGCAACUCGCAUGUGAGCGGCAACUCUGCAGGCUCGCGUGGCGGCGGGCUCUACGUUGCCUUCUGCAAGUCGAUGGCUCUGGUCGCGGUUGAGCUCCGUAGCAACUUUGCAUUCGAGUCGGGAGGCGGCAUGUGGAUUUCUGGGACCGAGGUAGAGAUGGAGAGGCUUGAUGUUCACAGCUGCAGAUCGUCGCUGCUUGGCGGAGGCAUUGGGAUUGAGGCGAGUGUCUUUUCACUCCGCAACGCAAGUUUCGAGCAGUGCACUUCGGAUCUUGGCGGCGGGCUCUACGUCGACGCCGGCUCGACCGCGAGCGGCGCUCUUUCGCUGCUGGCAUUGACGAGCAACAGCGCGAGCUCGUGGGGUGGUGGGCUGCUGAGCCAGAUGACCACGCUGGCGCUUGCCAACAGCACGUUUACUGGCAACGAUGCGCGCUCUGGUGGCGGCGGCGUGGCCGCGUUUGAGCCGCGAGCACUGACGAUGACAGGCUGUGCGCUCAUCGGCAACGUGGCGUCGGGCGACGGCGGACUCGGUGGAGGGCUGAUGGCGCUACACACGCCAGGCCUGCUUCCGCUGCCGGAGAUGGUGCGAUUGGAGGAGGUGGUAUGGAAGAGCAACGGAGCUGCUGGGAGCGGCGGUGACGUGGCGCUGGGCAACCUUGGCACGGUCGAGGUCUCGAGAUCGAGCGCGCAUGGAUCGGGUGCGGUCGGGAACGCAGGCUCGUGGUAUGUUCACCAGACGCAGCGUGUCACUCUGGUGUCCAGCACGAUUUCCGGUGCAGGGGCCGGUGGCGUCGGCGGCGGCAUGGUUGUUUCGGCCUCAAAUGUGACUCUCGGCCGAGGCAGCAGUGUAAUGGGAUGCAGUGCUUCUGCCGGAGGCGGGGUGUGGGUCGAACUAUCUGAAGGGCCGACGAUGCUGACGCUCGGUAACAGUGCCAAAGUGACAGGCUGCCUGGCGUUCGAGGCCGGCGGUGGUGGCAUUGGAUGCGGGACGGUGGCCGGCGUGGCAUCGGCGUCGGCGCAGCAGUGUGUGGUGGUGCGUGGCGGAGUGGUGGCAAAUAACGUCGCAAGCAGGGCUGGUGGUACUGGUGGUGGUGUUGCUGUCUUUGAUCGCGGCUCGUGGGCGUGGCUGGACUCCGGCGCAGUUGUGAGCGGGAACACAGCUGAUGUUGGUGGCGGUGUGUAUUCGGUGGUUGCAGAGGCGGGGCUGGCUGCCAGCAGCGGAGUGAUUGGCAACUCUGCAGAGCUGUACGGCAGUGAAGUGGCGAGCGCGGCGGCCGAGGUGGUAUGGGACGUGGUGCCGGCGGCGAGAACGGUGUCGGGAGUGACGUUGCUGCCGCGGGCUGGGUCCGGCGGACUGACUCGGAUCCGGGCCUCACUCCGCGACGGAUAUGGCCAGCGAGUGGUGGGACCGGCGGUGGCGGGCAGCAUGCUCGAGUUGACAAUGGCGUCGGCCGAUGCUUUGUUGUCGGGUAGCACCGCCGUGCCUGUCGACGAAAAAUGUGGAUGUGGCGAGUGGGAUGAUGUUGUUCUGGUGGCGGCAGAGGUAGCAGCUGCGCGGCAGCUGGUGGUCGAGGCGGUGUCAGGACUCGAAGAGGUGGUGCGCGGCGUAGUGGGCGUUGACCAGGAGCCGUGCACUUCAAGCGGCCGUGAGAUUGUGGACACCGGGCUGGCAUAUCCUGUCUGCACUGUCUCUUGUGAGCCUGGAUCGUUUGCUACGACGGUGCAGGUGGCGAUUUCUGGGACAAAGCAGAGUUUGACCGAGACGCGCUGUGAGGCAUGCCAGGCCGGCACGUUUUCACCCGUCCGCGGGCAGGCCGAGUGCACUGCAUGUGACGACGGAAGCUACUCGGAGCGCGGAGCGAGGGGGUGCGCGAGCUGUCCACUUGGGGCGGUGUGUGCUGGUGGAGUGUUGCGGACACAGGCCGGAUAUUGGUACGACAGUGAGCGUGGAGCGUUUGUGGCGUGCGCUGUAGCUGCGGCAUGUCCAGGAGGCGCGCGCAACGGGAGCUGUGGAGCCGGGUAUGUGGACGGAUCGUACGUGUGCUCGCAGUGCGAGAGCGGAUUUGAGCGAGCCGGCUCGACGUGCGUCUCGUGUGGCCCGGUCUGGCAAUCUGUUCUUGUCCUGCUGGUUGUGAUUUGCCUUGUGGUGGCAGUUGUGGGACGUGCGAUGAUGACGGUGUCGGAGACGACGGAUCUUGCAGUCAUUCUGAAGGUGCUCAUCAACUUUACCCAGAUGACGGCGCUGCUGAUGCGGCUGGAUGUGUUUGGCGACCGGUCUGGUACUGUGGGUCUGCUUGGGGUGUUUGAUCUUGCGCAGGGCAUGCUCGGUUCGUUCCACGAGCUCCAGCCAGCGGCGUGUCUCUUUCGAUGGAGCAUUUUCGACGCGUUUGUCUCGACGGUCCUCCUGCCUGUGGUGGUGCUCGUAGGCGUGGCUUUCGGGUGCGCAGUGGCGUUUGUGUGUGUGCGGCGGGGAUGGACGUCGUGGCGGCCGCGGAGCCACGGGCUCGAUGGCGACGACGGCGUCGGCGUUGCCGACGGACUUGUGCGGACGUUUCUGCACGCGGCAACAGUUGCGUUCUUCCUUCUCCAUACCACGCUCGUCCUGCAAUCGCUCAACAUGCUGGUGUGCCGAACGGACAUCCGACGGCUUGAAGUGGACAUCUCUGUCGAGUGCUUGUCGCGGCGGCACAGACCGUACUUUGUGGCAGCGAUUGUUACGCUUGUGGUUUACGGGAUUGCACUCCCUCUUGGCGCCGGAGCCGUACUGUGGCGCGAGCGACGGGUGCUGCGAUCGUCAGCGUUUGUGUCUGUGGCGUUUGGCUUUCUGUACUCAGGCUACCGGGCACAGCACUGGUACUGGGAAUUUGUUGUUGUGCUCCGCAAGGUUGCAGGCCUCCUUAUUGUGGUCUUUGUCGAGUCGCCACUGCACCAGGUCGGGCUGGCGAUGCUCCUAGUUGUGCUCUCGAUUGUGCUGCAGUCGCGGCAGAUGCCGCUGCGGUCACGGCUGCUGAACGGGAUGGAGCUGAGCUCGCAAGGAGCGAUGGUGGUAACGCUUGUAGGUGGGCUGUUUCUCUCUGGUGCCAACUCUGGCUCGCACGCUGCGCCUGUGGUUCUGCCCAACCUUGCGGUGGCGAUUGCGCUGGUGGUGGCCAACGGUGGUGUGAUGGCGUUUAUUGUGUUCAUGCUCGGGCGUGAGCUCUCACCACGAAUCAAGGCCAAGAUCAUUCCGUGCUACAAGGUGACGGUGGAGACGAUGGCCGACGUUGCCGAGUUUCUACACGAGCACUCUGUUGGGUCGUUCAAGGGCAUGCGGCGAUCGAGCUCGCGGGCUGAUGGCGGCGGAAGCGAGCUGGUCCGGCUGGCGGCAGCUGAGCGUGUGCGGCGUGCCGAGAUGGGCAUGUCGGUGCCGCCGUUGCCAUCGCCAUCAGUCCGCGGGUCGAGCGGCGCAUCCGGAAGGUUGCCGCUGCUGCCGCUGCUACCACCGCUGGUUGGGCAACGGCCGCUGCCGCCGCCAACAGGCUUCGAGUCGGCAUCGACCAGCAGUGGCUGCGAAGACGAGUCUUGGAGCAGCUGCAGCAAGGACGAGGACAAAGAUAGAAGCGAGGGGUAGAAAGCUGGUUUAAAAUGGCCUACUCAUCGAUGUAGCGCGGGCGGGUCGUUUCGGUGUGCUCUGUGCGGGCACGAGCGGUGGCGACUGCGGCGCAAAUGGCGACGAGGUAGAUGAUGAUGGUGGUGACGAGGGCAAAGGUAGAUGCAGCCUCGGAAGCGAUGACGACGACCACGAUAGCGAUACAGGUGGUUGCGACCGCAGAUGCGAUUGCGCGCCAGCGGGAGAUAGACGCCCAGGCGAUGGCGACCAUAGAGGUGGCGACAACGGCGGCAGUGCCGACCAGCUCGGUGGACGGCGAAUGGCGGAUAAAGACCGAGAUGGCCGAGAUGGCGAGGACUGUGAUGAAGGGGACAGUGCCGAUGGGCGCGCGCGAGGCAGUGAGGCCAGCAAAGAGGAACCGGAGGCCAUCCCGAACCAGGAAGAGGUUGAAGCGCAUAGCAUCAGAGGGGAGGCGGACUGCAGGAUCCCGGGAGAGCGCGCGGACAACAAAGCCACGGAUGGCAGUCAUGAUCGGAAGGCCGAGGACAUAGACGAUCAUGAUAGGCCAAAGGAGAAGGAUGGCGGCAGUGAGGUGAGUGCCCUUGUAGCACUCGGUGGCGAUCUCGUAGUCGAGGCGCUGGACGUGAUCGGCGGCGUAGAAGCAGCGGAGGCCAACAAAGGUGCGGUAGGCGAGCGGAGUGUAGAAGACCGAAGCCAUAAAGGCCAUGCCGUAGGCGACCCACGAUCGCAGCGGCACCGUGUGCGGCAUGUCCUGGGUCCACUCGGAGACCAUGGUAUCGGAAUCCGACGAGUCACAGGUGGUCGAGCCGCGCGAACCACGCGAGCCGCGCGAACCGCGCGAACCGCGCGAACUGCGCGAGCCGCGACGAGACGCGCCCUUGCCGCGCGGCGAGUUCAUCGGUGAGCCAUUGUCCGACGAGUCGGCGUAGCGUCCGAUAAAGCUGCCGGUGGUGUUCUGACGAGCAAGCGAGGCGUUCGAGGGCUGCAUGCUGAGGAGCGAGGUAGAGGCAACGAUGGAGCCGAGCGACGAGCCGUGCUCCCAAAGCGGAACAGAGAGCUCGAGGUCGCCGUCCUUAGAGUGGAGGCGCGAGUGGAUGAUGGCACCGAUGAUGGCGCCCACAAAGACCAUAAAGGCGGCAAAGAGGACAAGGAUGCAGUAGAGGGCAACAAAGUAGGGGCCGGUCCAAGUCUUGGUGCAGCCGAUGGCAAAGACCUCCGGAUCAAAGAGAAUGAUGCCCGACCAGCGGACGGCCUGAGUCCGGAACGAUGAGACGCCAGGGAUGCCCGAAGAGAGGCCGACGAGGUAGCGGAUGGCAAGAGCGAGGAGCUGGAGAGACAUGAGGGUGACAACAAACAUGCCAGCCUUGCGGCGCGAGGCGCAGCCGAGGACGAGAGCGACGAUGAUGCAAAAGAGAAUGAAGAAGAGGAUGAUGAUGGUGCGGGUGACAUCGGCUUCGCACGGCAUGCACGUCCCAAACGAGGCCAUGUGGAAGCCAGUAUCACACGAGGUACACUGGUGGCCAGUGCGGCCACGGGCACACGAGGCAUGCGACGAGGUGCCAAAGCCGUCGGCACCAGCGCCGUUGCCAGAUGAGUCAUCGGACGACGGCGGGACCGAGGCGUGGCCAGACGAG